AAUUUCAUAGCAGAGUCAUUCCGCCAAAUAGGGUACGGUAUAACAAUAAUAAAUACGAAAAUCAUAUGUAUAGAUAGUGCAGCAAAAUCUUUUAACAAAAUGUCGCCCGUUUUUUCGGGUGGUAUUCUACUAAUUAUAUUAUGACUUGAGACACAUUGAUGACACAAAAAAAUCCUAAAGUGCUUAGUGACAAUUCGUGUAAAAUACAUUAAUAUCGUUUUGUGAUGGGUGCGAAGGCUAGUACCGCAAAUGGCGGACAAAGUCCCCGGACGAGAACAUUUUCGGCGAGCAGUAGCAGUGAAGUUGUGUCAAAUUCAGCCGGUUUUAGUUUGUUAAGGGCCCUACCAGGGAUUCAAGUGUCAUCUAACGACCGUCAAAGAGCGCGAUCCUUAUCCUCUGUGCCUGAUUUGCAAGCAAGUCACGAGACGAUUGCAAUUCCGUCAGUUUCGGGGGCCUUUGAAGUCUCUGCCAGUCCCGAGACCGACAGCUCUGCGGAUGAAGCUGGUGCCCUUAGCAGAGUAUAUGCCGCACAUUCGCUGCCAUCACAUAUUUGGACACUAAAUGGUAUGUAA